UACAUUUACCUACUUCUCAUCAUCGCCGGAGUACAUAUCACGGGUGUGAUAACCAAACUACAUCUCAACCGAUCUCUCACACAGCUGACCAUGAACAGACAACAUGUCCACAUGGUGCCUGCCAAUCAGUCAAUAGCAGAGAGAGUUGCCGCAGCAGUGAGCGCUAAAGAACUGAAGGGAGAUGACGAUGCUUUCUAUGUUAUGGAUGUCGGUGACGUCGUCAGCAACCAUCAACGUUGGAAGAAAUUAUUGCCACGGGUGGAACCAUUCUACGCUAUCAAGAGUAACCCUGAUCCAUUACUGAUUCGUGUUCUCUCUGAACUGGGAACCGGAUUCGACUGUGCAAGCAAGGCUGAGAUGGAGAUGGUAUUACAAAUGGACGUGGCCGCAGACAGGAUAGUGUAUGCCAACCCAUGCAAACAGAUUUCCAAUCUUGAGUAUGCAACAAAGAAUAACAUAGAUCUCAUGACUUUUGACUGUGAAGCUGAACUCUACAAAGUCAAGUCAGUGUUCCCAAGUGCAAGACUCCUUCUACGGAUUGUCCCCCCGGGUCACUACAAAGUUUUUGACGACCUAUCAACGAAAUUCGGCUGCCACUCUAGUGACUUCAGUGGCCUACUGAUGACAGCAAAAAAUCUCGGUCUCAAUGUUGUCGGAGUUAGUUUCCACGUUGGGAGUGGAGCAGAGGACCCAGAAGUGUUUGCUGUGUCGCUACAGAGAUCCCAUGGUGUGUUUGCUAUGGCAGAGCAAUUAGGAUUCACACCGAAUAUAAUUGACAUUGGCGGAGGUUUCUACGGUCACAAAGGUGCCCCCCUAUCGUUUGAAAAGGUUGCCACCACCUUGAACAAGUCUCUUGACAAGUACUUCCCUGUCAGCUCCAAUGUCAAGAUCAUAGCAGAACCAGGGCGGUACUUUUCAUCAUCGGCUUACACCUUAGUGACUAGUGUGAUGGGAAAAAAGAAAUGCCUUGCUAAAGGAGAUCACAGGAAUUCAGAAAACAGUUGUGAGCCAGAUAUGCCAAGUGACAAGAAACCAGCCUUCAUGUACUACCUCACAGACGGUAUAUAUGGAUCUUUCUACCUCCUUGUCUUCGGAGACAUACGCAUAACCCCAAAGUUAGUGAAGGCGCCCUCUAGUGACGUGACCUUCACCUCCAGCUUGUGGGGUCCGACAUGUGACAGCGCUGAUUGUGUACAGAAGGGCCUUUCUCUACCCGAGCUGCAGAUCGGGGACUGGUUGUAUGUUGAGAACAUGGGCGCCUACACCAGGAGCAUAGCUUCACAUUUUAACGGAAUGCCCAUACCUGGAUGUUAUUAUAUAUGUGAAGAAAAGGUCUGGAAUACAAUUUUUUAGGAAAAUGGAAACAAGUAUAAUAAUGUCCCGGUUGGAAGUACGACAACACAGGGAUGUAUUUUCUCUACUUUAUUCCAUGGAUGAAGCCGAACUGAAGAACCUCGACCGGAGCUGGCAAGAUAUCCCUGCGGGCGGACGGGUAGCACAGUCGGUUCAUUGCCUGAUCAUUCUGGGAUUCCAGCUUUAUACAGCUCCAUAGCAAUCACAUACAUUAAUAUAUUAUUUCCAUUCUACACAUGCACUAAGUUCUAGAUUCUAUGUUCCCUACUUUGUUACAAUAUACAAUAUUUAUCUUGCAAUUCACUUACUCUUUGACUACAACAUUUAUAUAAAGCAGAGUUAUAUCAUGCUUAAGUAAUUAAUUCAUGUUUCUUAGGUAUGUGUCACCACGGUAGCAGCACCAAGUAUGUAAGACAUACACAGGUAUAGUCUGGUUGAUAAAUGGGUCGACCAUGUAUGUUGUAUUUGUAAAGUUAUGGGCACCAUGACCAUGAGUUGCUUCCCCUGAAUCUGAUUUCUUCAGCUUCUGUUAACUCAUAAUCAGAAUGAGAAUGAGUGAAUCUCUUAUAGCUUAAGUUAUAUUUACUGUGGGUUUGGUGAUCAAACUUUGUACAUUGAAUGCUCUAUCAUGAUAUUCUAUAUUCCUGUUAGUACGUAGCAAGUAAUUUAUUCUCUGGAGUAACCUUACCUGCCAUUAUUGUUUCUCAAACAGAAUUUAUAUUUUGCAUCCACAAUAAACUAAUGUCUA